CUGUGAUCGCGACAACCAUGGGUCUCUUCAAGCGCAACUCGAAAAACUCCGCCAGUGAAAAGGACGAGCAAGAAUCCUUCGUCUCCGUCAACAGCGCCCGCACUUCCAAUACCUCCUUAAGGUCCCCCGGUUACAAGGGCAGUGGCCUCCCGGCAUCCAUCCCCGAGCUCCCUAUUUCGAAACCGCCGGACCCAGCAUUAGACCCCGCCGCAUAUCUCCGAAGCAUUCAUGCCGUGCGCGAACGCGCAUCUCUAGUCCUUGGCAGAGCCAAGUGCAACCGGCUCAACCACUUCGACGUCGACCUCACCAAGUUCAAGGCCACCGCCUCCUAUGUAGUGUCCAUCAUCAAGCGUGACUAUGCGCCGGACUAUGAAAACAUUCCGCCUCAUGGCCGCUGGCAGCAUUUCGACGUCGGCGGGAGACCCCGCAUUAACCAGCUCCUCCAGUCAUGGCCCAGCAGUAUUGAUGCUCAGGAGCGCACCCGUCGCUUAAUCGAUCUGUUCGUGGUGUCGGUGCUGCUCGACGCCGGGGCCGGCAACAAAUGGUCCUACAAGUCCAAAGAGUCCGGCAAGAUCUACUCGCGAAGUGAAGGUCUGGCCGUCGCCAGCUUGGAGAUGUUCAAGUCGGGUCUUUUCAGUAGCGACCCGACAGAGCCCUGCCAGGUGGAUGGUGCCGGGUUGAAAAAGAUGACUGUCGAGAAGUUGGCCAAGGGGAUGCAACAUUCCGAACAGAAUCCAUUGGCUGGUAUUGAAGGUCGCACUGGGCUGUUGGUGCGACUCGCAGACGCUUUGAAUCACCAGGACUUCUUCGGUGUAGACGCCCGGCCUGGCAACAUGCUCGAUUAUCUUCUUUGCCACCCUUCGACACUUGCUUCAUCCGUUCCCAUUGUCCCUAUCACCACAGUAUGGACGGUCCUUAUGGACGGCCUCUCAUCAAUCUGGCCCGAGUCACGAACACAAAUCGACGGCGUGCCUAUCGGCGAUGCAUGGGAAUGCUCGAAUCUCCCGCCAUCUCCGCCCGCGCAACUGUGGGAGAGUAUUAUGCCCUUCCAUAAACUGACGCAGUGGCUAUGUUACUCGAUUAUGGUGCCGAUGUCGAAAUUGAUGCAUAUUCACUUCGCCGGCAGCGAUUUGUUGACCGGCCUUCCCGAGUACCGCAACGGCGGCCUUUUGAUUGAUAUGGGACUCCUGAGUCUGAAGGCGAAAGACCAGGAGCGCGGCAUUCGAGCCUACAAGGAGAAUGCACAGAUCAAGGGCCAACCCAGUGUGGAGGUCGUUCCUCUCUUCUCUACGGAUGACGACGUGAUUGUGGAAUGGCGCGCUGCUACCGUGGGCUUCCUGGACGAGCUACUCGAUGAGGUAAACACGCAGCUGGGACUUAGUGGCUCGGAGUUGCAAUUGACGCUAGCCCAGAUGCUUGAGGCUGGCACAUGGAAGGGAGGUCGCGAAAUCGCCGAAGUCUCCAGGCCCAACACCAAGGAGCCACCCAUCAUGAUCCGUUCCGACGGCACGGUCUUCUAA